UCAACAUCUAUAUUAGCUUAUAUUAUGCGAACCUAAACCCAAGUACAGAGGCUUAUACUUAAUUUUCUUUUUAAAUAUAAAAUUACACUACAAAACAAAAUGAUAAUAUUUUUAAGUGAACUGCAAAAAGAGCACUUGAGUCUUCUCCAGCAACAUUCCACGCAAGUCUUGAUCGACUUUUGUAAACUUUCUAUAGACUACUUGAAUAAUGGAAUAAAUAAUAAAAAAUAUAACAUUGCAGCAGAGAAGUUGGGUGUUUCAUUUACUGUUGUCCAGAAUCUUGUACAUGCCUUAUUAUACCUCAUUGUUGAAGCUUGCAAGUACAAUUUAUCAGAACCAGAUUUCAAAUCAUCACUAGCCAUCGCAGGCUUCUCGGAAGAGCAGCAGGAUGUGUUGGUCAAGUUGUACUCCACAAAGAAUGUUGAAUUAUCUAAUACCUUGAGCUUACUGCAACAAAAGGAUCCCAGCUACCAAGAUUUCACAUGGAGGUUUGAAGUUCAGAUUGCAUCAAGGAGUUGCAUUGAAGAAAUCAGACCUACAAUUUCCAUGGAUUUUGUAGUGACUACACCAAAAAAUUUUGGACAAAUAGCACAAGUUGCAAGCUUUACAAAUGAAACUAAAAAUGUAUCACCUAUUCAUGUUAAUUCUAGUAUACAAGAAGCAAAAGCAUCUAGUCAUUGUCAGAAUAUCAUUAAUCACCACCUGCUACAAUGUGAUUUGCCUAAUUUAAUUCAUAUGACAAAUGUAUUAGAACAAGCAUUAAAAGAAUCAAAGAGUCAGCAUGUGCGUAAAGUCCAAAGAGCUUUAUAAUUGAAAAUAAAUACUUGCCUAAUAGUGGAUUUCGAAUGUUGAUAAAAUAAGUAAUUUUUACAUAAGUACCUAAUGUGUGUGUUAUGUCUAUAUGUAUAUUAAUAUAUUGAAAUUGUCAUAUA